GGGUAGCGCAACGAGAAUAUCGUCAAUGCUUCGGAUGUGUGAAGCAUAAUGAAUUCACCGUGUGAUGACCACAAUGUUUCCUCUGGUGUGCCCUCAUUUCAUGAUGCCCUAAGUUUGUCAUGGUUAAUGAAUGGAGAUAAAGUGACAAGUGAUAGAUUGAAGAAUGCUCUACUGCCUUGCACUUCACCAGAAAAAUCAAGUCUCACAGAUUGGACUUCGACAACGCAAGCUGCAGCGGCAUCAUUUUUAAACAAACUCGACUCGUCCCAGCUUACUGCUGUGGUUAAUGCAAUAAGCUUGGCCGCCUCAAGGUAUCUUCCAAAGCACGAUUCAAUGCAACCCACAUCCCCUACAGAAAGCGUUUCUUCCAGUGACCUUGCGAGGCUAAUACAUUCAACACAGUCUUGUUCAAAAUCGUCGUACGAUGCAUCACAGCCCGUCGGCUGUUGGACAAAGCGGCGAAAAGAACACCCUCCUCACCUACCCACUAGUUUUCCCUGUAAUUCGGAUUUCACCGGAUAUCAGAGCGAUACAACUCACCUUCCAACCACGUCAACCUAUAGCCCCCAACAUUAUCAAAAACAUAUGGUUGCAAAAGAGUUGGUCACGCGCUCGACUAAUCGGCACAAGAAUGCGUUGUGGUCGCCCUCCUCAGAACUAAACUGGAGCAAAACAUCUAGUCGCAACGAUGCAUGUAGUCCUCCAAGCUCCUCAUCGCAUUUUCACAGUCCAACAAGCAAUUUUGACUUUGAGCAUUCCAUGAAUGGAGGCCUUUCACAAAUUGCAGAUCCAUCCUCCCGCACAAAAGAUGUACCUCGCGUGGAGCUGGUCGAAGCCGACCUAUGGCGCAGAUUUCAUAGUAUGACUACAGAAAUGGUAAUCACAAAAUCUGGCAGACGAAUGUUCCCCUCGUUCAAGGUCAAGGUCAGUGGACUGGACGCAAAUGCAAAGUAUAUUAUGUUGUUGGAGCUCGUCGCCAGAGAUGAACACCGGUACAAAUUUCACAACGGCAAGUGGACUGUAGCUGGGAAGGCAGAUCCGGAGCCAGUCAGGAAGCACUACAUCCAUCCAGACAGCCCAGCCACAGGAGAAGAUUGGAUGCACAAGUCCAUUUCGUUUCACAAAUUGAAGUUGACCAACAAUUCGACUGAACGCCAGCCAUUUCAAGCGGUGUUAAAUUCUAUGCACAAGUACAUCCCACGCUUUCACAUAGUGCGGGCAAACAACCUGGCCAACAUCAACUUCUGUGAUUUCACUACCUUUGUUUUUGACGAGACGGAGUUUAUCGCAGUGACAGCUUAUCAGAAUGAGCGGAUAACGCAACUGAAGAUCGACAACAACCCAUUCGCCAAAGGAUUUCGUGAUAAUGGAACCGGACGUCGUGAGAAAAAACGUCCUCGCACCCAAUAUAAUUCGAGCACCCACUCAACUGACUCCCCGGAAGAGGCCGAGUCACCAAAUGGUGUAUAUUUACAGACCAAUGGAAGUUCAGAUGAUGUCUGUCUGCUAUCAAGACAGCAACGGACACGAUUUCAAAGCACCAUCUUGACAGGAAGCUGUCCGUCGUCACAGAACACACCGUUCACUAUCCUCAGUGAGACAGGUGAUACAGUAAGAACCCACGGACUUCGUGUACCUCCGAUCUCUCCUCAUACGGACUUACAGGGAGAUUUGGGCGCUUUGAAAUCACCCUUAUGCAGUUCGUCCUGGAUACGAAAAAACUGGCAGGCGCUUGCGAAUUCAAAGGAUCAGCUCCUAUCAGGUUCCAAAUCACAACAUACUGUACACCACUGCCCGGUAUCAGUCAAUCCCGAUCUACAGUUGCAUAACUGGAGAGCAACAAACGCCAAGCAUAAAUCGGUGGAUGUGAUGUCCCCACCUAACAGUCUGCAUGGAUUCGGUGGCCCUCAUUUUCCAAACAGACCGGCUGCUGACCAAAUGGGGAGUCCCCCUUUCAACCUUUUGCCUAGUCCUGCCUUAUGGAACACAAUUCACAACUCACUUGGACCCGAAACAAUAUCUGCCUUGGCUACACUUUCUACCGUCCUUGGAAGUGCUCAUAGCUAUUUGGGUCACGCAACGCAGAUGGACAAAACAGCUCAAGAUGAGUAUCCGUUAACAGAGAGACGUGUACAAAUUGGAGGAACGCUUCCACUGAAACCCAAAAAUAGCCCAGACGUGCAGCCCUCCGAGUUAUGUUCAUUUAAAACUGCGCGCGGUACUGAUGAAAACGAUUCAAUGGGUAAAGCACGACCAGAUGAACCAAGUCUUAAACGUCCAGUCAUGUUGGAUGCAAAAACCACAAGGACUUCAGCAAAGAAAAGCUUCAACAUAAGUUGUUUGUUAGAUCCAGAUGAACCGAGACACCCUGACGAAUGGCAGUGAGGUACUAAACCCGGUUCACCGAAACUAGCAUCUCUUCAGAAGGACACAUUGACUGGAUAACCGUGUCUGUUAAACUUACUGUCCGACUAAAACGCACUGUGGAUUACCAUCCAAUUUCGGAGGAGUUUCCGAUCUUCACAAUCAACCUACGAAAAUGCUGCAUGCUUCGAUAAACUGAACAAGGCAAACGCUGUACCUGAUCCUAGAAACUAUUCUGCGAGCUUGUCAUUCAUUUUUUAUCAAACUGGUCAUGCUCUUUUGAGCGCGAGAGGAAACAAAAGGCCCACAACUAGCCAGUCCUCCAUCUUUAAAGUGCUUUCUCAUGUACUUUACAGUCUAGCCCACAUGUGAUCUAUUGCGAACAGGACACAGAAAAUGGCCUUUCAUGUAUGCAAAAACGCUUUCCAUUGAAAAGAGAAUUUCACUAUGACUCUUUUCCAAGUACAUUUUCACUUUUUUUUGCUUCAACCGCGAACAGCUGUCAAUAGCGCGUCACGUAUGUUUCCACACAUUGUAAAAAGAAGUGUACAAAACUAAGAUAAAUC